GGGGUCCUUGCCCCCUUUUUGCCUCGGGGGUCGGGACCCAACAGUUUUUCCCUUGAUUUUCCCGCCCUGUCCCUUCCGCCUGGUGGGCUGACCCCGCAGGGCCUCCGUACAGGCUCCGCCCAACCUUUUCCUCUUACUGAGGUGGAAACUGGCCGGGGGGAAAGGCGCUGGGUGAGCUGCCCGGGCCUUUCCCUUAGCGCUGCAGAGACCACCUUCCCCCCCGAGGGCAGGGCCGCGUUGGGCCUUUCCUAGAGCCCCGGAGCUUAGGCCGGGCCCGCGACAUUCGCGCUCUGCUGUCACUCCUCCGGGCGGAUGUCACGCGGCGGUUUGCCGUUCCCUUGUCCCGCCUAUUUGACAGGCCAGGAAACCGAGCCUGAGGGUGACCCCUAGGGUCAGUAGGAAGUGUGCUGGAUUUGGAUUUGGGUCCCCCCAACUCCAGGCGUGGCCCUCUCCUCCCGGCAUCCCACUGACCCCAGAGCAACCAGUAAGGAAGAAUGCAGAAAUCAGAAAGUCAUGGAAGCCUGCAGAUGAGAAACAGAGUAACAGGCACCUGUGAAAAAAGAACGUCAUCAGGUUCCCAAGUAAAGCACAGAUCUGUAAUACACCAAAAUAAGUCAUCCUCCACCAAUUCUACAAAUUUUGCAAAGAAACCUCACCCUCGGCCAAGUGAUAAACUUAAUCCUAAAACUAUUGACCCGUUCAGUGAUCAGCCACGUGCCUCUUCUGCUUUUGCUGCUAUUUACUCCAAAGGAGGUAUCCCUUGCAGGUUGGUACAUGGCUCAGUAAAACACAGAUUACAGUGGGAUUGCCUUCCUGAAACUCUUCCAUUUGAUCCUCUUCUUAUUACUUUAGCAGAGGGUCUGAGAGAGACUAAACAUCCAUAUACAUUUGUAUCAAGAGAAGGUUUUAAAGAAUUACUUUUGGUACAAGGUGCUACUGAAAAAGCUGUGCCCUUGCUACCGAGACUGAUUCCUGUCUUGAAGGCAGCUCUGACUCAUUCAGAUGGUGAAGUGUUUGAAAGGGGGUUGAAUGCUUUAGUACAGUUGAGUAGUGUUGUCGGGCCUUCUCUAAAUGAUCAUCUGAAGCAUUUGCUUACAAGUCUUUCCAAAAGACUAAUGGAUAAGAAAUUCAAAGAGCCAAUCACCAGUGCUUUACAAAAGCUAGAACACCAUGGUGGAGGUGGCAGUCUGAUGAUUAUCAAAGCUAAAAUUCCAACCUAUUGUUCCAUCUCCUCUUAAACCAAAGGAAUAAAAUGAUUUGAUUAAAUGGUGAGAGAUGUCAGAAGCGUGUGGUGAACAUCAUAGGAUCCCAUUUGAAUAAGGUUCCUUUUCUUAAUCACAGCUCCUGAUAUAUUUACAUGAUAAAAAUUAGUACACAGAACUGAUUCCAUUGAAUCACAGUAAAUUCACAUUCAUCAGCUUGGGAAAAUGGAAAAUAAUGGAAAACUAUUGAAAGGACUUCUAUAGUGCAAUUUAUGGGGUUUAUCAAUUUUUUUUCCCCCCUGCUACAUUGGUUUGUAUUAAGAACCAGAGUUUUGUUUACAGUUUCAGAUUUGAUAUUUAUAUUUUAAUUAGCAUAUCACUUAAGUGAUUGUACUAGUUUUUCAUAAUGACUCUGUCAUACUU